ACGUAAACAACUUGUAACUUGCAGGUUACAUGUCAGACAUAAAACACUGAAAUAUUUCACUUCUUUAGGGAAACUAAAAACAAGGAAUUUUGCUAUCAUUACAGUGAUUUAUCAUGGGACCCUCCAGGCUGGAGGUUAAUCUGAAAGGGCUUUUGGUUCAGUGCGAACUAAGAGCGAAAGAGAAUUUCCAAACCGAUUGGAGACUUGACAAGCAUCUGUUUUCUUAUGCCAUUUGGAACUAUGAUUGCAGUACAUUGGAGCAUUAGAUGAAAUGCUACGAAAUCUCCAGCGCAUGCCCAACAAACCUGCCAAGGAUACAUUAGGUGAAUAUGCACGCAGGGUUGAUUUUUUAAAAGGACUGAUCCACACUCAAAACUUGCCGACUCCAGAAGAAAAGGUGGUGGCAGCCCAACUCCUUCAGCCAGGCCCAUCAUCAUCACAAGUAAUAACGAAGGAGAUUCAUCAAAAGACAACAUCAAAAUAUGCAGAGGAGCUCCGUGAUGAAUUAUUUUCCUCUGAGUCUUCUGAUGGACCCAAAACACUACGACAGCGUAAGGUCAGCAAGGUCUCUUCUGGUGAAGAUCUUGACGCCCUCUUACGCCACCAUCAUGCUAUGCAAGAGAAGAUUGCAGAAGACAUGUUAUCACUAGCACGAAACCUUAAAGAACAGUCUCAUCUAGCCAGCACUAUUAUUAAGAAAGACACAGAAGUAGCCGAAAAAUCAGGAUCACUUACAGACGAAAAUUUUGAACGUUUGAAAUUAGAAUCUGCCCGUUUAGAAGAACACACGAGACGAGCAUGGAGGUGUUGGAUGUGGGUUAUGAUUGCUGUGGUUGUUAUCAUUUUUGUCAAUAUGGUAGUAUUCAUGAAAGUAAUGAAAAAGAAGAAAUGAGCUUUGUUGUGAAAGCACUUGAAUACAUUCCUAUAUGAGGGCAGUAGGAUUUCAAUAAAUUGCCAGACAAUUUGGCGUUUAUACUUUUA